UCCGCGUCUGGUGGGAGAUCGAGGGAAUGAAGAGAUGGGUUGCGGCCGGCCAAGGACAACCGGCCGCCGAGUCUCCGCCGGCGGCGGAAGGAGAGAGGCCGCCGGGAACGGAAAGGUGAGGAGAAAGUGCGGGGAAAUUUACCUGGGGAGAGCAGAAAAAGCGAAAGGAGCGAAAAAACGAAAAAGAAGAAAAAGGGGUAGGACAAUGUGGGGCGGCCAGCGGCCGGGCGGCUGUGCGCCGCACGUGUGCACGUGACCCUCGCUACUUUUUCCAGGCGGCUUCGGGGCAGGCGUGCUCCUCUGCGGGAGCCCGCAUGGGAUCUAGCCGUGCGACCCGCCGAAGUUCUAAACUGGACGACUUUAAUGACGGUGCAAGAGUUUCCGGAAUUGGAUUGUGUCCAGUAGAUAGGUUGCAGGAUCUCGUCAUGCGAUUACCCAUUAAGAGAAAGAUGAUCUCGAUCCUGCAAAAUCUUAGCUUCUGAAGGGGCGGGGACAGAGAAAAUCUGCACGAAAGUUUUGUCUUUUCGAAGUGUUGGAGGAGUAAAAUUUAAUGGGUGCCUGCAAAUUCUUAUUAGCGGGUGGGAUAAAUGAUUUAGUACGAGAAUGUAGACAUCGAUAUUACCAAGAUUUUUCGUGGGGGCAGUGAUGUUUCCUUGCCAAGAUACAUAUGAGAUUACAGUCAAGUAUUGAGAGAAAGUGGAAAAACCAAGCAAAAUGAGGGUGUUUCUGCCCAGUCAAAAUUGAAGCGGCCUGUUUUGCCAUCCUUGAUUGUUGGGGACAAAAUGGAGUGGAUUUGGGGAACUUGGUUUCUGGUGGCUGUUCUUACGGUGUGUUGGUAUCGACAUAGAUCAGUGAAGAACAAGAUAUAUGAGAGGCGUGGAGUUCCGAAAGGUAGCUCGGGUUGGCCUCUUAUUGGAGAAACACUUGACUUCAUUGCCUGUGGAUACACUUCCAGACCUGUCAGCUUCAUGGACAAGCGCAAACAUCUGUACGGCAAAGUAUUCAAGACACACAUAUUGGGAACGCCCAUUAUUGUGUCCACAGAUCCUGAUGUGAAUAAGGUGGUUCUGCAAAACCAUGGGAACACUUUCAUCCCUGCUUAUCCUAAAUCAAUUACAGAGUUGCUGGGGCAAAAUUCUAUACUUCAAACGAAUGGAUAUCUUCAAAAGAGGCUUCAUGCGCUGAUUGGGGGCUUCUUAAGAUCGCCGCAAUUUAAAGCUCGUAUAACCAAAGACAUUGAGAACAGUGUUAAACUUACUUUGGCUUGUUGGAAAGAUAUGCACGUGAUACACAUACAAGAGGAAAUUCGAAAGAUCACAUUCGAAGUUCUGGUUAAGAUGUUGAUCAGUAUUGGUCCCGGUGGAGACCUCGACAAUUUAAAGAGAGAUUUUGAGGAAUUCAUCAAAGGUUUGAUUUGUGUACCUAUCAAACUUCCUGGAACAAGACUAUACAAGUCUCUGAAGGCAAAGGAGAGGCUACUAAAGAAGGUCGAAAGAAUUGUUCAAGAAAGAAAACUUUCUAUCGAGGAAUCAGAUGGAAACGGCACACCAAAUGAUGCGCUUGAUGUGCUGCUAUAUGAUAAUGGUGAGCCCAAUGAGAAGCAAUGCCUUCCGAUGGACUUUAUCUGUGGAAAUAUCAUUGAAAUGAUGAUCCCAGGAGAAGAGACUGUGCCCACAGCCAUGACCCUGGCCAUCAAAUUUCUCAGUGAUUCACCUGUUGCUUUAAAGCAGUUGAUGGUGGAAAAUCUGGAAUUGAAGAGGCAGAAGGCUGAUUCUGGUGAUGACUAUGGAUGGACUGACUAUAUGUCUUUGUCAUUUACUCAAAAUGUGAUUAGCGAAACCCUGAGAUUGGCAAAUAUUAUUAACGGGGUGUGGAGAAAAGCAGUGAAAGAUGUUGAAAUUAAAGGUCACUUGAUACCACAAGGGUGGUGUGUUUUGGCAUCCUUUAUCUCCGUACACAUGGAUGAAGACAACUAUGAAGAUCCAUAUGAAUUCAAUCCUUGGAGAUGGGAGAAAACAGGAGCUGCGGUCAAUAACACCUGCUUUACACCAUUUGGGGGUGGACAGAGGCUAUGUCCAGGCCUAGAAUUGUCCAGACUUGAGAUCUCAAUCUUUCUUCAUCACUUUGUCACCACUUACGGUUGGAUAGCUGAAAAAGAUGAGAUUGUCUCCUUUCCGACUGUCAAGAUGAAAAGGAAGCUACCCAUAAAGGUUACACCGUUAAGUGCAACUGUCAUAUGAUUGGCCAAACACAAUUAGGCGGAUGUAUAUUAAUAACCAAGUCAAUCAUAUAGAGUUUUCAGCGGCAUUAGAUGCUCAGAGAGGUCUUGCUUCCUUCAAGGACCAAUAGUGUAGGCACCUUUUGUAAGGCUACACUUCUUUAUGUAACCGAAAAUGCCAUGCACUCCAACCAACUGCAAACUACUAUUUUGUCUUAUUUCUUCUCUGAGAAAAAGUUAAGCAAUCCUUCGCUCAGAUUUUCUGGGAAUAGAAAAGGAUGGCUCAGGAACACAAGGCAAAAGUUUCCCUUGUUGACUUAAUUCGAGCUUAAUUUUUUUCC